CACAGCUUGUUUAUUUUAUUUUUCUAGCAAAACUGAAAAGGUUACUUUAUACAAAAAGUACCUUAAGUUUGAAUGCCCUGCAGCCUCCUGUAGAAUUAAGCUGCUCUCCAUUGGUGAGAAACAAAGAGUACUCAUCAGUAAAAUAAUUGUACAAGUGAAAACAGUGUCUGCAAAACUAGCAACUGAUUUUCCUUCACUAGGCUCAAGCAUAGAUCUAGACAGAGUGCAAACUAUAAUGGAAUCUAUGGGAUCUAAGUUGUCUCCAGGUGCUCAGCAACUCAUGGACAUGGUCCGAUGUCAGCAGAAAAACAGUUUACCUCUUGGAGACAAACUUAAUUGGAUCUUUGGGAAAAAUUCGGACUUUGGAGGUGACCAUGCAAUAGAUGGAUUGUGCAGUGCAGCUAUUCAGACAUCACUAGAUCAAUCAGCCAGUGAACCUUUGCCUGUUAAAAAUCAUUUAAUGAGUGAAACAGUGUAUGAAGACUUAUUUUUAAGUUGUGAUCUGAAUACACAGGUACCUGAAAAAGGGAAUUCUCCUGAUUCUGAAAGACUUACUACCCAGCAAAAUACAGUUGACCUCAGAAAUGAUUUUAAAGUCAUAGGAUCUUUGCAUAUGCAGGAACAAGUGAGCGAAACCCCAAAUGUAGCUAAUCCGCAGGUGCUUCUUCCUUUUCUUCAAAACUUAUGUAGUCAGGUAAAUCAUCUUCGGCUAAAGGAUGGCAAUAGGCAUUUUGGUAAAAAUGCAGUGACUAAAGAGGAAGGCAUUCAGUGCGUUGGAGUAGAACACAAGCCUAUUUGCUCCUAUUUGGAAAAGAUGAUUUCAAAAAAAAUGGAUCUGAUGGAGAAAAAACUAAUGGACUAUAUUGAUCACCAAAUUCAGGCUCUUCAGACGCACAUAGAUAAUAAAAUGGUUCUCUUAAUGGACUUGGUUCAGAACUCAAAGCCAAACAAAAUUUCACAAGCGCGCUAUGAUUCUAACGAAGGGCUCUCUAAUGGAGAGAGAUAGAUGUGUAUAGAUAAAGGACUUCAAUGUAAGUACUUCAAGGGCAAUUAUACUUUGCAAAGCUUAGUAUUAUUUAUGGAGUUGUAACUGUAAAGAACCUCAGUGUUGCUGACUUACAUUUUGUUACUGUAAUUCUAUCCACUGUUGUAGACAGUUACUGGUUUUAUGAAAGAUCUUAAGAAUGUGUGUUUUUUACAAAAUUCUUAUAUUUAGGAUGCCCUUUGUGGCUUAUUUAUUUAAAGAGCAUUGCUAAAAGCCAUAUGAAACAGUUUCCCAGUUUCAGUUUGAACAACGGAGAAAUACUCUAAAUAAACUGAGUUA